CCAAUCCAAUAUCGCCACGCGUCCCCUCCCGCCCUCGGCCUCGGAGCCCCGCGUCCCCCGCGUCGCCCCCGCGCCGCUGCUAGUAUAAUAGCCCCCCUCGCCGCGCAACCGCACGAGCUCGCCCGAGCAAACCGCCGCCGCUGCCCGCCGUUCCCCUUCGUCGCUCGUCCCCUCCACAAAGGUAUGUUGUGGUCUCGGCUCCUCAAUCCAGUCCGUCGUCUUCUCCCUCCUCCCUCCGCCGCGGUUUCCUUCCCCGCUCCGUCAGCCCAUAGAAAAGUUGAUCUCAUGAAUUCAGGAAGAACAGUGGCAUCCAACGUUUCCUGUUCAGCGGGAAACAGCGGCAGCUUCCCUCCCUGCCUCCUUCCAGGAUUUCUUGGGUUCCCAGUUAUUUUCGUAAAUUUCCACUUGUUCAAGGCCAUUGUUCGCAGCCCUGCAUCUUCUGUUAUCUUGGGAAUCUGUGGAGGGAGCCUUCCUUAGACCGCUGCCCUACAAGGCAUUAUUUCUGGUCUGGGAAUUGGCUGUGUGGAGCUGCCUAGCUAAAUUGUGGCCCAAGACUUCCUAGUCAUCUUGUUGAAUCUCAUAGGUUCUCGAAGAUGGUUUCCUCUGAGAUAACCUCUGUUACAGCAGUGCGUGCACAGGGCCCCAAGCUUUUUCGAGGGAAGAUCCUUCUGCCAGGGGGGCCUCCAGAUGUUGUCCCUUCUGAAAAUGUUGAGUUCGAUUUUUCUGAUGUUUUUGGGCCUAGUGCAGUCCAGACUCACACAGAAGUGAGUAUUCUCACUCCUGACAGUCCAGCACCUGUGGCUGAGUCCAACGAUGAGGUUUACGAUGACCCUGAUGUCAUUGUCAAACGAUCUCAUUCUCUUGUUGGUCCAUCAUCUCUUGUUAGUCAGUCUUUGCCAUUUAGCAAGCUUACACUGCACAAAACAGAGAGUUCAUUGGAUCUUUCAGAGUGCCCUUACAAAGAAAAGCAAAUCAACCAAGGGUCCCUUAGUGAUGAUGAGUUUGAUGAUGUAAAAAAGGAGAAUGAAGGUGUUGGACUAGAUGACUUCGAAGUUUUGAAGCUCGUUGGCCAAGGGGCAUUUGGCAAAGUAUAUCAGGUGAGAAAGAAAGGUACUUCUGAAAUAUAUGCAAUGAAAGUUAUGAGGAAGGACAAGGUUGUGGAGAAGAAUCAUGCUGAGUACAUGAAAGCUGAGAGAGAUAUACUGACAAAAGUUGACCAUCCUUUUGUUGUGCAGCUGAGGUACUCCUUUCAGACAAAGUACCGACUUUACCUUGUCCUGGACUUCAUAAAUGGGGGCCAUCUCUUCUUCCAGCUUUACCACCAGGGUUUAUUUAGGGAGGAGCUUGCAUGCAUCUACACUGCUGAAAUUGUAUCUGCCGUAGCCCACCUCCAUGCCAAUGGUAUUAUGCAUAGAGAUUUGAAGCCUGAGAACAUCUUACUGGAUGCUGAUGGUCAUGCUAUGCUGACUGACUUUGGUGUGGCAAAAGAAUUUGAUGAAAACACUAGAUCAAACUCAAUGUGUGGUACUGUUGAGUACAUGGCCCCAGAAAUUGUUCAGGGCCGAGGUCAUGAUAAGGCUGCAGACUGGUGGAGUGUGGGAAUCCUUCUUUUUGAAAUGCUUACGGGAAAGCCACCGUUUAUUGGUGGAAACAGAGACAAGAUUCAACAGAAGAUAGUAAAGGAGAAGAUAAAGCUGCCGACAUAUUUAUCUAGUGAAGUUCACUCUCUGUUGAAAGGAUUACUGCACAAAGAAGCUGGCAGACGGCUGGGGAGUGGACCAGGUGGCAGUGAUGAAAUUAAGAACCACAAGUGGUUCAAGUCUGUAAACUGGAAGAGGCUGGAGGCCCGGCAGAUCCAGCCAAGCUUCCGGCCGAAUGUUGCUGGCAAGACCUGCAUUGCAAAUUUCGACGAGUGCUGGACGAAUAUGCCCGUGCUUGACUCUCCAGUGGCCAGCCCUGUUGCAGCCAACAGCAACUUUGUGGGGUUCAGUUAUGUGAGGCCCGCACCGUUCCUCCAAAAGCCGAGUCCCCUUGCUGAAGAACGACUCCCGUAAUCUGAGACCUACCCCGGAGUUCAAAUAUUUAUCUGAGUCCGAACCCUAUGUAUUUCUUCAAGACAUUAGUGAUGGAAAUCUAACCUUAUAUUGUUGUUGCUUGAGAACUACAGUUUGGCUAGUGCAAUGUGUAAUAUUGCCAAAACUUCUUAUUGAAGCGCCAUAAUUAUCCUCUUAAUGAGUAUUUAUUUUUGUUUA